GUCGUCUGCACUUGUUUAAGUUGUAACUUGUCACAAUGGAUGCGGUAACGCUUAAUGAGAAGAAAAGAGAAAAAAGGAAAUUGAAUUGGACCAAAAUAGAAACGGAGGUGUUAGCAGCUGCUUACAUCGAGCAGCAUGCGUUGAUAAACGGCAAUUUUUCAUCGACGUUGUCUGGAAAAGAUAAGGAUCUUGCGUGGGAAAAAAUUGCAGAACAAAUAAACGCACUGGGAGCAGAAGAAAGAACAGUGGAAGAGAUCCGGAAAAAGAUUUCCGACACGAAAACAAAACUGAGAAAGAAAGAAAGACAACGGCGCCUAUCAAUGAAACAAACUGGAGGGGGGCCAGCAAUCACACUGGAGAAGUGGGAGGAGAAAAUGAUAGAGGUUAUUGGCGAAGAGUCGAUUGUGGGGUUCGGUGGUGUGGACACGUUUGCUGUGCAACGAACACAACAGCCGAUGAUUGCAGAGCAACAUGGUCAAUCAUGCAGUACGAUGUGUGUGGAGCCCACUGUAGCUUUAGAACCCCAGGUGGUAGGAGGAGUCGCAACUCCAAACCAAAAAACAAAAAUGAGUCCAAGCACGAAAAACAAAAGGCGGAAGACAAGUGAAGAUGAUGACCAUGAAGAUGUCUUGCAACUUUUGAGACAGCAAAAUGAGACACUCGAUGCAAUUUUAUUAGAGCAAAGAAGAACCAGAGAACUUCUUGCAAAACUGUUUUCAUUUCCGCUUAAUGAACAAUAAAUAAUCAUUGUUUAAAGCCACACACCUUGAAAUGAAAUACAUGGCAUAGUAAGUUUAAGGAUAAAUGAGAAACAUAUUUGAU